AAUCGCCAGUUAACCCAAAUUACGAUGUAUAGAAGAGAAAGAGAGAAGACACACUUGAAACAUUCACUGAAGCUAAACGAAAGAACAACAUUUAAAGAAGCGACUUUCUGGACACCAAAUAUUGAUUACAGCGGUUGAAGACUGCAUUCUGGGAAAUUCCCACAGCACUAAAAUCUCUGGGGUUCUGAUGAUAACAGUCAGUCCAUUAUGGAAAAAGAUGGCGAUCAGAGAAAUUCACGUGUAAAGCACGAGCAAGAACAAGCGGUUUAUAGCCACAAUAAGAUCAUGUUUCAGAUUAUAUUUCUAUGCAGGCAGAUUUACAUACUUAUAUGAACUUUUGGAAGAAAUGAAAACUCGAUACAAUAAUUCCGCUUCAUGACGUACGCAUAGCAAGACUUAAAAAAUCAGAGCUGCUCUUCACAAUGAUAUUAAAUACCUGAAACAAUUAAAACAAGUGUGAAUGAAUUCGCAGAAGCGAUCAAUGACAAGUCUAAAAUGAUCCCACAAACUAACCAUUAAGUUAAUUGAAUGUCCGCCGUCAUCCUAGACGCUAUCGUAAACUGAUAGACGUUUAAAUCCAGAUUAAAAUACCUACUCAAUGCAAAACCUCGCAUGAUCGCUUGUGCAGACAACAGGCACCCAACGUGAAGGUAAUAACAAAAAAAGCCGGCUCCUAUCACAUGCAUCAUGUUUACAAGAAUGGGAUGAAACGAAAAGGCAACAACACCCAUCAAAUCUUCAUGAAGAGGCGAUAAAGGGUCAUUCCGCUUGUAAUUGAGCGCGGUUUUCAAACCAUUAAAAGCAUUAUAGGAGGUCAAGUCUUAAAGGAUCACGAAGGAUAAUAAAGGAACACAGACUUAUAUUUAUUCCAACCAGUAGAACAAAAGCAACAACACGUAAAUAGCAUUCGCUUUUGGUGGGAUGAAUCAUAGAAGGCGGCAUUCAGAAAGCGAAAUUAACUUAUCCUCCGAGGAAAGCAAUUUAUCGACAACAGUGAACGAUGAUGAAGGAUGUAAAGUGAUCUUGAUUCCGAUAAAAAAACUACGAUUCGUAAUGAUGAUUACCGCAGUUGUUGUUCUGGUCUUCAUAACCGGUCUUGUCAUCGGUUUUUUCGCAAACCUUCAAUCGUGUGCAGACAUUCAACAACAUGAAACAACUAAAAACGAGAACGCUCUAUCAUCCCUGCUACAUGUUCUCAAUAAAAAAGAGAUAAGGGAAAACAACAGAUAUUUUUCGAGCGAGCCCCAUUUCGCUGGAACUCAAAGAUCGAAGGAUCUUGCCGACGAAAUAAAAAAAAGAUGGAAAAGUUACGGGUUCCAUGUGGAAACAUUAGCCUAUAAAGUGUUGUUGCCUCGAGCAAAGGAUGGCAGACCAGAUUUUAUGGAGAUCAGAGAUCAAAAAGGAAAUAUCGUCCUGAAACAUGCUUUUGCCGCAGUGGGGAAAGCAGAUCCGACGAGCGAAACUGUUUGGACCGUACCUCGUUUCUUCUUCUACGGUGCAUCGGGCCAGGUCCAAGGGGGAUUAAUUUACGCCAAUGAAGGAGAGAAAGACGAUUUUAACAAUCUAAAAAAUAUAAACAUAACAUCCUGUACUGGUUCCGUCGUACUCAUAAAAUCGGUUAACUUUGAAAUUUUAAAUAAGAUCCAAAAUGCGUAUGAAUGCAAUGCAACAGGCGUCUUAUUAUAUAAACCACUUUAUAAACCGUCAGAGAGCGGUCCAGUUUAUCCGAACGGAACAACAUUACCGGAAGAAAAACUGAUGGCAAUAAGUCUCAGGAAGACGUGGGACUUUGGUGACCCGCUAACGCCAGACUUGCCUGCGACAGAUGGCAUUUACAGAUUAGAAAAUCCGAAUUUGCCAGUCAAGAUUCCUGUUCAACUAGUUGAAAAUUCAAUCGCCAUGAAGUUAUUACAACAAUUAGAAGGUGAGUCAAUGCCAGAGGAAUGGAAACCAGAUAACAAGAGUAAUUAUCGAGUAGGGCCAUUAUUGAAGAACAAUGCAACCCUCUACCUUGCUGUGAACUCACAAUCACAAAUGACGACAAUCUAUGACGUCAUUGGCACCGUGUACGGCAAAGAAGAGCCAGAUUCCUGGGUACUAAUCGGUAACCAUAGGGACGCCAUAGCAUUCGGCGCCAUAGACUCUGGGAGCGGUACGUCGGGCAUGCUGGAAUUGUCACGUGGCAUUGGCGAAAUCUUAAAGACAGGUUGGAAACCGAGAAGAACAUUAAAGUUUUGUAGUUGGGGAGCAGAGGAAGUGGGGCUGCUUGGUUCAAUAGAAUAUGUCGAUGACAAUAGGAAAUUACUUCAACAAAGAGCAGUAGCUUAUAUCAAUAUGGACAUGCUCGUACAUGGCAACGACAGUUUGAAAGUCAGCGGUAAUCCAAUGAUGGCAAACUUGGUGUAUUCACAAGCGAAAUUGGUGAGUGAUCCACACGGACCUGACGAGACGCUCUAUUCAACGUGGAAAAAAGGACGGCCCGACAAGAUAAACGCAGAGAAGCCCCAAUAUUACACAUUAGGACUUGGAUCCGACUAUAUUGCUUUCUAUGAAAUAGCAGGAAUACCGACUGUCGAUCUUCAGUAUGGUAAAGUACCCUUUCGUCUACCGCGAGCCUACCAUACCAUCUACGAUACGUAUCACAUGUCCUCUCUUUAUGACCCGAAUUUCGAGAUUCACCUGGCGCAAACAAAGUACGCAGGAAGAAUUUUGUAUGGACUCUCCAAUGCUGUCAUUGUACCUUUUCAACUCAGCUCGUUCGCAUCGACAUUGAGAGGAAUUAUAAACAGAACACGAACAAUGUAUGAAAAAGAACUUAAAGCACAAAACAUAACCUUGAAUGGAAUCACAAACGAAAUGAACGCGUUGCAAAAUGCCGUGAAAAGCUUUGAAUCCGGGAUUAAAUCCGACUUGAAUUCGUCGCAAAUCACUUUGCUAAACAGCCGUUUGAUUUCUUUUAACAAGUUCUUUAUGUCACCAGAACCAAUUCCGAGCCGAUUCCGUUGCAGAAAUUUAGUUUUUGGUAUACCUCAGUCGCUGCAGUAUCCUAACAUCACCCUUGCCGGUGUAACAGAUACAAUUUUGAUUGCAAAUCGUACAAACGACUGGGAAAUGGUAAAAAGACAAAUAUCACUAACACAACACGCAAUUAGACAAGCAAGAAAGUCAUUGGAGAUGCCGUGAGCAACAACACUAUGAAAAAUGAAUAUUGUUCAGGAAAGCCAUUUUGAAAAUAUGAGGUGUGACAUAAUUCAAAAGAUUUCCAUGUGAAAACUGUCUUAGUGUAUUUCAUAAUGUAUUUCCCACCGAACUUAUAUCAACGAACAAUCACAAUAACCAAAACUCAUCCGGUGAUAUUUAUGCUUAUGAAUGAAAAUAAUUCAGUAAAAGUUUCAUUAGCUUAGUCGUAAGUUAUAAUAGAUAAUUUUUUUUCAAAUUAA